AAAUUUUUCCGCAUGCAUUUCAAAAAUCACAACAAUCAAGGAAAAUAGCAGACAACAAUUUAGUUUCACACCGCAUAUAUAAUUUUUUCUCUUUGAUCGCGACUCAAAUUAUUAAAUAUUGCUAUUUAGUAUCUUUCUGUCGCAUUGAAGCUGUAUAAACAGUUAAAAUGUUUGAGAAAAUAAGCAGGUUAAUAAUUUCUGUGAUGGGAUAAUUAUUAUUAUUUUUUUUUUAAAUCAUUCAUCUUAUCAGCUAUAUAUUGUUAUCAAAACGAUUCAUAUUUUCUAGUUUUAUCACAGGUGUAUCAGAUACUGUCGAUCAUUCAAUCACGCAUUUUUUAAAAUUUACCAUGAUCUGCUGGAUUUUAUUUUUGAGUCUAAAUUUCAUAAUUGUAGUAUCUCAAAAUGUCAUUUCAAAUAAUCGAAGUAGAGCUGAUCUUUCUUGUGUUUGUAUACCUCAAAAAAAGGACUUCAAUGAAACUAUUAAUGAUAAAGUGAUAUCUGACUGUAGACGAUGUUAUUAUUUUACAUAUGAUUAUACCAAAGAUCAGAAUUGGACUGUUAAUUUGUGUGUUACAAGCUACACUGCAAUUGUUUCUUCGCCUUUGUUUAUUGUUGUGAGAGAAAGUUUAAGUGUUAUGUCAUUCCAGGUACCACUUGCAUUUCCAAAUGCUAGCUCUUACUCUGAAGUAUGUAAGACUCUGUGUCCCUUAUCUAACUUCAGAGAUCCUCUUUUACAACCUGGGCCUCAAAAUAUUUCGAUUGAAAUAUCAACAAGCAGUCAAGACUUGCCGAUUGAUUUUGUUAUGAGGCUUGGUGUCAUUGACAACUUUAUAAUAAGCACAGAUCAGUCCAUAACAGUGAAUAUCACUCCAUCUAAACCUCAUGUAUUGCAGUAUAAUAUGGAAGAAGAUUUACGUGCUGUGAGAAUUGAAGCUACCUCUAAAGAUAAUAACUGCAUGCUAUUAGCAAUUCAAAGCAUACAGUGCCCUAUAUAUGAUUCAGUUCAAUCUGUUGAACCUCAAGGUUAUUACCAAACUCUAAUUCAACAAUCUGGUAUAUCUAUUACAAAAAAGACAUUUCCUGGUGGAAAACAAUACGUUGUUUUAAUUUUGAAGCCAACUGAUGACAGUUGUCUAGAACAAGAAACAAUAAUUGUUCGUAAUAGACAGAAAGAAGUAACUGUGAAAAUUGUUCCAUCUAUUACAGAUGAACAGUAUUAUUUAGCUGUCUUUGGAGCCUUUGGGUUUUAUAUCAUACUCUACAUAUUCUCUUUUGUUAUUUGUUGCUUUCUAUUUGUUAAAAGAAGGCGAAAUACUGCUGAAUUAAAGAAUGUCAAUGUGGAAAAUCCUUCAAUUCAGAAUUAUGGUACUUCGUCAGGCCAGAUAGUACAGAAUCAGGAUAAUCACAAGCUGGAUAUUGCGAAGCCUACUGUAUUAAAAUCAGAGAGCACAUCUGUACCGAGCAAUUCUCGCUCAUUAAAUAGCCUUGCACAGGGAAGAAGUGAGUCACCAGUUAGUUUUGAUGAAACUGAUAUGGAUAAACUGCCUGAUGCUGAAUUAGACAAGAAUGUUGUGAGAACAAAAACUAUUAUUUUUGUUUCUGAUUUGGCUAAAAAGAAGGAUAAAUAUUUAAGUGACAGAUCAAAAGUAUAUUCUUGGAAUUUACUAACUGUUGCUAUAUUUUAUGGGUUACCUGUGAUUCAGCUUGUUUAUAUAAAUCAAAGAAUUGUCAACCUUACUGGAAAUCAAGAUGUCUGUUAUUAUAAUUUUUUGUGUUCUCAUCAAGUUGGAGUUUUUAGUGAUUUCAAUCAUGUCUACAGUAAUAUUGGUUAUGUAAUGCUUGGAUUACUUUUUCUUUUGCUGGUAUGGAGAAGGGAAGUGUUUGAUCAACCGUUAACUAAAGAAAAUAGGAAUAUUCCACAAAAUGAGAUGACUGGUAUACCUCGUCAUUUUGGUUUAAUGUAUGCAAUGGGCUGGGCUCUAAUUAUGGAAGGAGUCUUAAGCGCGAGUUAUCAUGUUUGCCCUAAUCGAGCAAACUUUCAAUUUGAUACUGCUUUUAUGUAUGUCAUUGCUACUGUCUGCAUGUUAAAGCUAUAUCAGUCUAGGCAUCCAGACAUCACUGCAAAAUCUCAUACUAUCUGGAUGGUUUUAGCUGUUGUCAUUAUUAUUGCUUUUGGUGGUGUUGUUAAAGGAGGAAUUUGGGUUUGGUUAGUUUUUACCCUAGGUCAUCUAUCUGUUACUUUUGUUGUUAGCUCAAAAAUUUAUUACAUGGGACGCAUGAAGCUUGAUCGUUGGCUCUGCAAGAGAAUAUAUCAUCAUAUUAAACAGGAUGUUGCUGCACGUUCUAUUAAACCUACAUAUCCGGGCCGUUUCGUUAUGCUGAGCAUUACUGUUUUAUUGAAUUUAUCUUUAGACUUAUUUGGACUUAUAAAACAACCCCCUAAUUUUGGGGCAUUUCUGUUAUCAGUUUUCAUAGUUAAUCUUCUUAUGUACCUCAUUUACUAUUCAAUCAUGAAAAUAAAAUGUAAAGAAGGAAUUCGAUGGAUACCAAUAAUGUAUAUGAUUUUAUCUUUUAUCUGCUGGGGCUUUGCUUUGCAUUUCUUUUUAGCUAAAAACACUUCUUGGCAGGUGUCACCAGCUAAAUCACGAGAUAGAAAUAAACACUGCAUCAUAUUAAACUUUUUUGAUCAUCAUGAUAUUUGGCAUUUCUUAUCAAGUUGUGCAUUAUUCUUUUCAUUCAUGGUCCUUUUUACAUUAGACGAUGAUUUGGAAAAUACACCAAGGUCGAAGAUUACAGUAUUCUAGUCAAUGUUAUGUUAAUCAUUUGCACUCUGGACUACUUUGAAAUUAAUCUUAACUUAUUUUUCACUUUAUAGAUUACAAUUAUAAAAAAAAGAGGUAAUAAAACACAAAGGUGUUAAAUUUUUAAAAUUCAAAGUGGUGAAUGUUGCACGCCUGACAAUAGUGACACAGAUUCAUCUUUUGAGUGCAGAGAUUUUAUUGCUUUUACAGUAUUUAUGUAAAUAUUGCCAAUUUUUGUCUUUCAUAAAAAUAUUGUUCACGAAUGAAUUAUCUUGAAUGCAUCUUACAAUUGAGGUAUAAAUAUUAUACUGAAAUUUGUUUUCAUGAAUUUGUAAGUAUAGUUUAAUGGACUGUUUUAUUGGGGAUGAAUAAUAACUUUGAAAAGUUAAACAUGUCCUGUCAAGUUUUAAAAUGAACUGUAAAUAAAACUCUCAAUGAAUUAUUAUAAAAAAUAUUCCUGUAUUUUCCAGCUUACAUUUAGAAACUCUUGUAAAAAAAGUAGCUUAUACCCCCCACAAUCUACCUGUUAAGAUGCAAUGGAAUUUUAAAUGAAAUAAUUUAAAUUGAACCCCCUAAAAAACAAACCUUUAUUUACCUCAAAUUUGGGAGUGAAUAACCCCAUAGGAAGAUAAGGCAAGCUGAAAAUGAUGAAUAAUCUUAGGGAGGGGACAUAACCUGAGAGAUGUUCUUGGAUCAAUUACAAAAUAACCAAUUCACUUAACAGAGAUAGUGGCGUUUCCAACACCAGAAAUGUGAAAGAUUCUUUUGAUACUGCUCUCAUAGAUGAUAGCAUGUUAAACUUGUUUUUUUAGGGAAGAAAGUGAUUGAGGCUUUUAUUAUUUUUUUUUAAAAAUGUAUUCAGUUUUUUUCAAUUGUAAAUCACAAUCAUGUAAAAUAUCAAGUAUUCUAUAUUUGUAAUAAAUUUUUUAAGCAUAUUUUUCAUACUAUAUAGUUGCAUAACUUCAGUGCCAGCACUAGGCCUUUAACAUCCUUCUGAAAAAUAUGUUAAAAUAUUUUUUCUCAUUUUUAAAAUUAUUUGACUUCUAGUAAUACUCAUUCUUCCUCAAUGCAAAGUUCUUAUUCCAGCCCCAAGAUUGCCAGAAAUGUUUCCAUGAACUUAUUAGCGUAUUUAAGUUUUUUUUUUUAAAAAAAUCUUUGAGAAAUUAUGCCAAUUGAAAUAUUUUUUAAAAAAUAUUUUAUGCAUUUUAUAGAUGUUGGUUAACUGUAUAUUAAGAUGGCAUUAUAUAAAUGAUAAAUGUUUGUUUUUAUUGUGGGGUCUUCACUGGAAAAUACAGUAAAUCAUUUUUUAUGUAUGCAUAGUAUCUUAAGAGAAAAACUUGUUUUAAUAUUAGCUGCUGAAAUACACACUUAUUUUUACUCAAAUGAACAUUUAUUUUUUAUGUACUGCAUUCAAGUGAUUUAAAAAUUAAGUGAUGAAUUAAUGUAAUGACAUCUAUGUUUUUAAACCAAUUCAUUUGUGAAUAAUAUAUUUGUUAUUGAUUGUAAAACGAGCUUAUUGAAUGAAUCAUAAAGUGAUUUUUUUUCUUUAA